GAAUCGAAUGAAUGUUAAAAUAUCCGAUCAUUAUUUGAAACUAACACUAAUAAAGCACAUCACCGUUGAAUAUUCAGUUGAAUAUUCAGGCAUUUAUUCUUUUAGUGUUAAUGGCGACAACACAUUUACUCAUGAAUUACCUAAUUUAAAUUAUAUGCGCGUUAAAACAUAUCAG